UGUUAAUGUAGUCCUUGGCAAAAAGCUUAGUUAACACAGAGAUAAGGAUGCCUGGUGAUAGCUCAUGCCCUUUCAGAAUGUCGAGUUCAGCAAAACUCAGACUUCUGAAAACCAGGAAAUAGAGUGAAUGUAAACACCCAUACAGUCUUAACUCUUCCCUCUUUGAGUGAUGCCCCACAAUGCCCAUAUCACACAGUCUAGCAUUCUGCCUUUUCACUGAAAUGGACAGGUGCCACCUGCAUUAGACCUGUGCUCAAACACUAAGCCUACUUCCCUGACAGAAUACCACACUUAUAAAAUUUAAUAACCACUUCAUACCCUUUUAUGACUUCUUCGUAUUUGCACCCAGGUUACCACUUAGCCCUUUGCUGUCCCCCUGCUCGUCAUUAAAUCCACAGACUUCUCUCAUAUCAUACCUCUCUACUGACAAUAUCCAUUUCAAGAUGACUCCAGUGCCCUGCUACUGACACAUCCUUCACAAUUCUGUAUUGAAAUGAUCCAGACUGGAACCUCGAGUAUUCUAGAAAUCAUGACAACCUCAGGAAAAGAGAACUUCCGAUUGAAGAGCUACAAGAACAAGUCUCUGAAUCCUGAUGAAAUGCGUCGUAGGCGAGAGGAAGAGGGCCUUCAGCUACGGAAGCAGAAAAGGGAGGAACAGUUAUUUAAGCGCAGAAAUGUUGCUACAGCUGAGGAAGAAGCAGAGGAGGAAGUGAUGUCAGAUGGAGGUUUUCAUGAAGCUCAACUGAACAACAUGGAGAUGACUUCUAGUGCUGUCAUCACCUCUGAUAUGAUUGAGAUGAUUUUCUCCAAUAGCCCAGAGCAGCAACUCUCAGCCACUCAGAAAUUCCGGAAGCUACUUUCAAAAGAGCCUAAUCCACCAAUUGAUGAAGUGAUCAGCACACCAGGAGUGGUGGCCAGGUUUGUGGAGUUCCUCAAACGAAAAGAAAAUUGUACAUUACAGUUUGAAGCUGCUUGGGUGCUGACAAACAUUGCCUCUGGAAAUUCCCAUCAGACUCGGAUUGUGAUUCAAGCAGGAGCUGUCCCUAUCUUCAUAGAGCUUCUCAGUUCAGAGUUUGAAGAUGUACAGGAACAGGCAGUAUGGGCACUUGGCAAUAUUGCUGGAGACAGUACCAUGUGCAGAGACUAUGUGUUGGACUGCCAAAUCCUACCCACUCUAUUGCAGAUCCCCUCUCCGGAUUCCAUUGACUGGUUCCUGGCUCUUCAUCUUCAGACCCUGCCUACUUUUACAUUUCAACACAUCCAGGGACAAUUACUUUCAAAACAGAACCGUCUCACCAUGACCCGAAAUGCUGUGUGGGCUCUAUCAAACCUCUGCAGAGGGAAGAAUCCUCCUCCAGAGUUUGCCAAGGUUGCACCCUGUCUGAGUGUGCUGUCCUGGCUGCUCUUUGUCAAUGACACAGAUGUGCUAGCUGAUGCCUGUUGGGCCCUGUCAUAUUUGUCUGAUGGACCUAAUGAUAAAAUCCAAGCUGUGAUUGAUGCAGGAGUGUGCAGAAGACUGGUCGAGCUGCUAAUGCACAGUGACUACAAAGUGGUAUCUCCUGCCUUACGAGCAGUCGGGAACAUUGUGACAGGGGAUGAUAUCCAGACCCAGGUAAUUCUGAAUUGCUCAGCUCUACAGAGUUUAUUGCACUUGCUGAGCAGCCCUAAGGAGUCUAUCAAAAAGGAGGCAUGUUGGACAAUCUCCAACAUUACAGCUGGAAACAGAGCACAGAUCCAGACCGUCAUAGAUGCUCACAUUUUCCCAGCCCUCAUAAAUAUUUUGCAAACAGCUGAAUUUCGGACAAGGAAAGAAGCUGCUUGGGCAAUAACAAAUGCAACAUCUGGAGGCUCUGCUGAACAGAUCAAAUACUUAGUAGAACUGGGAUGUAUCAAACCGCUCUGUGACCUUCUUACAGUAAUGGACUCAAAGAUUGUGCAGGUGGCACUGAAUGGGCUGGAGAACAUCCUGAGGCUCGGAGAGCAGGAAGCCAAGCGCAGUGGCACUGGCAUUAAUCCCUACUGUGCUCUUAUUGAAGAAGCAUAUGGCCUGGAUAAGAUUGAAUUCUUGCAGAGCCAUGAGAACCAGGAUAUCUAUCAGAAGGCCUUUGAUCUGAUUGAGCAUUACUUUGGGUCAGAGGACGAGGACAGCAGUAUUGCCCCGCAAGUAGAUCUCACCCAGCAGCAGUACAUCUUCCAGCAGUGUGAGGCUCCCAUGGAGGGCUUCCAGCUCUGAGGUGCCCCAUGCUAUCUGUUCGUCCACCCAGACAGUCCUCAUGUAAAGCCUUGAGUCACCCUUGGAGUGUUUCCGUAACCCCUUACUGUCCUCAUCUACCUGAUUUCCCUUCCCAUAUUCUUCCUUGGGUGCCUCCUUGGAUGCCUUUCUGAGCUGCAUUCAGCUCUGACAUAAAAUGUGUCAGAUUAAAUACUUUGCUUUAUGUGCCAGCCUGGGCAUUGGCAUAUGGAACGCUUCACAGAUAUUGGAGUAAGCUCUGUCCCCUGCAACUACAGCCUCCAGUGAACAUGCUUCCUAGUUACUAGGCACAUUGAACACAACUGAACCUGUCCCGUUACAAAACUGAGCUCCCAUCUGGACUCCUCCGAAGUGGCCUGUGAUCUGGAUUCUCUCCUCUCAACCCAAAAAGGACUUGUGAGUAGGUCAGUCUUAUCACCUCCCUAAAAGCAACUUUUGUAACUGGCUUCUUAAAUGGAGAAACUGCCACACUGCCCCAUCCCUAACACAAUAUGGCCUCUUUGUUAAAGUUGAACGCUUCCUAACUUCAUGCUUCUGAUUCUGGUCCUCACGAGCUUAGUCACAGAUGAUAUAUCUCUACCCGCUCAUCCACCUUUUACAUUUUUCUAUUCAGCAUAACUUGAACUGGUUUCUGUUCUGUAAAUUACCUUUUGAUGUAAAAUCUUAGCGUGCUAAACUGUCAGCGUGAGGAAGACUCUGUAGGGAUAGGUCUCCUUACUACUUGCAGUCUCAUGAGGUAGAGUUUCCUGUUUAAAAUACCAGCCCACCCCAUAAAAUAGAAACCCCCCGAUCAAGGUCUGUUUAACAAAUAUACUGUGAUACUACAUCCCAUCUUUCCAUUUUCCCCUCACUACUCUCAUGACCCCAGAUGAAUUAGCAUGGAAUACAUGGUUCCUGUAGGCCACGCUUGUAAGGCAUUGCCGAGUGCGUGACUGCAGUAAUUUACAGCUGUAGUCAGCCCCUCUGCUAGCAGCAUAUUUUUGACUCUGCAGCCUGCUUGGAUCAUAAGCAUCUAAUGCAAAGGUGGCAAUUCAAUUUCUGAAUGUAAUGGAUUCAUUGGGCUACAUUCUCUCAAGCCAUUUGGGACCUUUUGGAAUACACCUUUUCCCCAGAGUAAACAUUUCAAAAGUUGCCCCUACUGCAGUGUCAUGCAUCUGCGGUAAAUCCUAUUGGCAGAACUGUCUACAAGAUCCUGCUUAUGGCUUCAUUCAAUGACAAGCCCCUGCAAGAGCUUCAACCGCUCACAGGGUACAGGUUUAAAAAAAGCAUUUAUCAAACUGCUGAAAGGCCUAAGCAUUAACUCUGUGUGACCCCUUCUUUAAACAUAGUCUUCAUUAGAACCUGUGCUUUAGGAUGGAAACUGAUCUGUGAGGGUAUUGAAGAAAGCCACCUGUUGUCCCCCUUUCGAAUCCAGUCAGCCUCCACCUUCCCUGUUACUUUCUCUAGUGCUGCUUUGUGCUCAAGGAACAUUUACUGCACUUGACCUAUAAAUUGACUUCAAUUCUUUGUAAUUUUAAAGGUUAAAUUAGGUGAUUAAUUUAAAAACAAAACAAAACCCCUCUGUGUUGCCUUUACAUCAUAUGAUAAAUAACUUUCUCUUUCUUGAAAGAUAACUUGAACUGUUUCUCUUUCUAGAAGCACUGAUUAGUAGCAAAAUCUUGUUUUGUCAUUUGGAAUUUUUGUGCUAGAUUUUAAAUGUAAAUUACCAAUAACAUGUCAUUUCUUUAAAAUUUGUUUAAAAUCAUGUACUUUUUUUUGGAUGGUAUGAAAAUGCUACAUAUUUUGUAAACAAGUCUAGGCAAAGUAUGUGUGUGUGUGUAUAUAUUGUGUAUAUAUAGAUGUAUUGUUCUUUAUGUAUACACACACGCACACACAUACAUACUGUGUGUGUUUUCUCCCCCAGGCUAGUGAAAACAAUGUGGUGCAUUAUUGUAUAUCCUUGCCGUUCCCUCCGCCACCCUAAGGAAAUAAUGACAGUUGCCUCUAAAUAAGUGAAUUAAAACAAAGUCCAUUUAAACUGAGUGGCUUGCCUUUCUAUGCAAGGAACCUGGCUAGUGUUUCUGUUACUUAUGCCAGUGGGCAUGUGAAUUCAGAGCAGAAAGGGAUCCAUUUUUAAUGGGCAGCAACAUAGUCUAGUGCAUGGAGAGUCAGGACUCUUGGGUUCUGUUCCCAGUUCUAUCAUGUAGUAUGUGUAGCCUUGGGGAAGUUACUUUACCUGUUUGCACCUCUCUUUAUCCAUCUGUAAAUGGAGGUAUGCCCGUUUGAGAUCCUCAUCCAAGUACUUUCAUCAGCCUAUGGUCUUAUUUCGGCUCUGCCUCACUCUUUGGCCUUGCCACUAUUGCUCACCUUCUAACAGUCUCAGUGCUUUAAGCUGGGCCCCACUUCACAGAAGGGAGAACGCAGAGCUGCCAAAUGUCACACAGCUGGUAACUGUCCUCAUCCCUGCAGCUCAGCCUGUCACACACUUGACUGAGCUACAGGCAGGAGCUCCAUUUUCUCCUCCAUCCACUAAAAGCUGCUGUGGAACCUGGCAGGAAACUAGGCCCCUGCUUGAUUCAAGCAAGGAAGGAGCAGCAAAGGUGGCAGUGGUUGUGGUGGGUGGUUGGCAGGGACAGAAGGUGAGGGGGCCUCAAAACUACCACAAGCUUCAGCCAGCAUCCUAUCUCCUUGCUGGAGCACGGGCCCUCCAGUUCACAUCUUUUUAAGACCUUCUGUGCCAUUUAAUCUGUUCCAGGAUCAGCACAAGGGUCCAUCGGUGCCAUCUGGAGUGGGUUUUCCAGGGGGACCCUAUGCCAACUUUAGCAAUAGGACAGUCUUUUCCCUCUCAAAUGCUUGGGUCCUGGAAGGAUGGUACACUCCGACUGUAUAUGUGGCCAUAGGCACAGGACUCGUGAAUUCAUGUCUGAUAUAGGCAGCAUGGUUCAAGCCUUUAGUUCUUCCACAGCAUAUAGUUCUGGAAGACACCUGCCACCUUCAGCCAGACUGGGUUAUGGGGCAUGUGUUGUGGAUGAAUAUUUUACUACUUAAGGUAAAUGUGACCCUGAAUCUCGCUAUGGACCAAAGAGCAAGAUAGAUAUGAAAUAGCAUUCUGCAGAUGGUCUGUGCUCCCCUCAAUCAGUCUUGAUUUAGAGUUGUAGGCCCAGAUAAGGGAUUUUGUUGGGGUAUACUGAGGGGGCCUCCCAUCAGCCAAACCAAGUAUCUAGGCCAGAAAUCCACUUUCCAGGUCUUAACCAUUGGUUGUUGAGUAACACUGCCCUGGAAGCCGUCACAGUAGGAGAGAGGCUAUCUUGUUUGAAGACCACAUCUGGAAACAUGGAUUCCUUCAUUACCCCCAUGAGAAACAUGGAGUUUACUUUACCUGUGCUGAUGCUCAGGCGCCUGCAAAAACAACACUAAAUCAGCAACAGUUCAGAGGAGGAGCAUAAGGACAGCCCUAUGGCCCAGCCUUUGUUUGAAAUUCUAGAAUCCAACCAGGACUAGAAUAAUGUAAAGUAGAUGUUACCAUUUUAUAGUUAACAUUAAUUGUCUGUAAACUAAAAUUGGCUGUGCAUUAUUUUUGUCAGAUAUGAGAAAACAUUGGUAUGACUACUUGUGUUUCAGAAAAACAAUAAAAUAAACUUUAUAUCCUCAGCUGAAGGUAGGCACCUUGGUUUUACAUACAUUAGGCUGGUACAAUUAAAUGUUGAUUGUACAUAGAACAUCAAAUCGAAUUCAUUUAUCAUGUCUUAAGGGUAAACUAUUUUAGACACUUUUAUUGCAGGGUUGUAUAAAAGAGAACAAAUAAAACCCUUAAACCCA